AUGCAUGAUCUUGUACAUGAUUUAGCUGAAUCUAUAGCAGGAGCGUUUCGCUUGAGCUUGGAUGAUAGUGUUACAAAUAAGCAUCUAAGUAAGCUUCUUCUUUCCAUCAAAUUGUUAUGGCGAGGUACAAUUCCGUUGGAAAAAGUAAUAGCUUUGGUGUUGCCAAAAUUUACAUGCUUGAGAGUGCUAUCUUUUCGUGCAUGUUCUAUGAAAAAGUUGCCUGAUUCAAUUGGAAAUUUGAAACUUCUAUGGUACUUAAACUUAUCUGGGUCAAGAAUUGAAAGGAUCCCUAAUACAGUUUGUACUUUGUACAAUUUGCAAACACUAAUUUUGUCGGGUUGCAAACAACUUAGGCGGUUGCCAACCCACAUGGGAAAACUGAUCAACUUGCACCAUCUUGAUAUAACAUCUACACAUUUAGAAAUGAUACCAUCUGCUUUGGACAAAUUGAAUGAUUUGCAGACACUGGGUGAAUUUGUUGUGGGCAGACAAUUCGGGUUUAGCAUUGGUUUGUUAAGAAAUCUUCAAAAUUUGCAUGGAAAUCUUUAUUUUAAUGGACUAGAAAAUGUUAUGAAAGUUGAAGGUGUAUUAGUGGCCAAUUUGAAGGAAAAAAAGUACCUUACUGGAUUAGACUUUCAUUGGGUCUUAAAAAGUAAGAAAAUAAUAGAUAGACAGGUAGUUAAUGGACUAGAACCUCACACUAGCAUGAAGAUACUCAGAAUAAUCGGUUAUGGAGAAGAAGUCGCCAUAUUCAGAUGCAAAAGUUUGGAGUGGUCAGGAAUGCAGCAACGCUGCUAUGGAAACCUACGACGUUUGGUAACAGAGAAAUGUGAUAUUAUGAAUUCUAUUGCGUUAGAUGACUUAACGAUGCUUGAAGAGCUGAGACUGAAAUUUGUUGAGAAUGUGGAGUCCAUUAAAUAUGCUAAACAACCUCAAAUUUGCCCUCCUGCAUUUACCUCUCUGACAAUUAUUGAACUAGGAGAUUGCCCAGAGUUAGUGUCAUUUCCCCAAGGAGGAUUGCAUGCCCCCAACCUGAAAGAGUUUGAUAUUCAAGAUUGCGAAAAGUUAAGGUCACUGCCUAAGCACAUGAACAACCUUCUUCCAUCUCUUCAAUCUUUGAGUAUAUGGAAUUGCCCACAGCGGGAGCCAUUUUCUGGAAGCCCAUUACCUUCUCAUUUAUUUAAGCUUCAAAUUACCGAAAGUGAUAAGUUGUUUCCAAGCCGCAGGCAGUGGGAUCUACAAAAACUCACUUCUUUUUCCAUCUAUGUUUUGGAUUCAUCUCCAGAGGAGGGGCUGCUGCCCACCACUCGUAUUCGUCUCACCAUCCAUUGGCUUCCACACCUUAAAGCCCUCAAUGGAAAGGCCUUUCAACCCCUCUCCUCUCUGGAAGAAUUGCAUAUUUCAUUCUACGAUGAGCUACACGACCAGAGAAUAACAGGGGAAGACUGGCCCAAGAUUGCCCACAUCCCUAAAGUGACCAUUGACCAUGAAGAUUAUCAAGCUGCCAAUCUGGAAGAUGAUACACAAGAGGAGGUAUAUCUAGAUGUUCAGGAUGCCAAUCUGAAGGAUGAUCAGUCUAUUGCUUGGAGGGAUGAUACUGAUGAUAUAAAAAACAUACAAAAGGAAGUUUUUGAUAGACUUCAACCUCACACAGAACUUCAGAAACUAAAUUUAUCUUUUUGGGAGUGGUCAUUCACGAAAAGUGGAGUUUUCUCAGAUCUUAAGCAGUUUACGCUAGAUAAUUGUAGGAAGCUAGAAGGAAAGAGCUUUCCCAAUUAUCUUCCUUCCUUGAAGUUGCUUUUAAUCUUGGGAUGUAAACAGCAAGUGGUGGCUUCACUCUCAACUGAUGGACUUCCAUUGCUGAGUUUUUUGAAAAUAGGUCAUUGUAAAGGGUUAGAGUCAUUUCCAAUAAGGACAUUGCCUGCAAAUGUUGACACAGUUAAAAUUAUGGGACGCAAAGAACUUGUCUCACUUUCUGAGGAUGGAUGCCCUUCAAAGUUUAAAUCACUUGAAAUUUCCUACUGUGGAAAGCAAUUUGGGAAUAGUUUGCGGUGGAAUCUGCGGGCACUCACCUCUCUGACAUCCUUACAAAUCAUUAAGAUAGAUGAAAUGGUGGAUUCAUUUCUUGAGGAAUGGCAACUCCUGACCACUUUGAAGUCUCUCGCCCUAAGGCAUUUCCGAAACCUUAAAUCCCUCAAUGGCAAGGCCCUUCAACACCACACUUCCCUUAAAGAAUUGAAGAUUGAAUUCUGCCAUCAUCUCCAUUACUCACCAGAAGAAGGGAUGCCAUAUUCACUUUCUCAGCUGGAAAUCUUGGAUGUGGUUUUUUGA